AUGGGUUCCCCAGAUGUCGAAAAGCCGGACGGCUUGACCGCUGCUGUCAAGAUCCCUCAACUAAGCCCCGAUCCGCUUACCGGCCCCAUUCCGGCGGCGGCAGCCCCUCUUCGACCCGUGGCUGCAGCAGAUGACGAGGUGAUGGAGAUGCCAACAUGGAAGAAAUGGGUAACGCUUGCGGUGGUUUGCUGGAUGGCCCUGCCCGUCACCUUCUCUGGUAGCUCCAUCUUGACAGCGACUUCCGAGGUUGCUGCCGACUUCAACGUCUCAACGCAUGCCAUUACCACAGCUAAUGCUGGCGUCUUCAUUGCCAUGGCUAUGUCUGCCUUGAUAUGGCUACCGACGAGUAAUAUCCUUGGUCGCAGAACGACUUAUCUCGUAGCCAACUGCCUUUUGACCUUGUGUUCGAUAGGAUCGGCGCUCUCAAAUAGCUUUGCCUGCUUCACAGCGAUUUGGGUCAUCGGAGGAACAACUGGUCCAUUCUUCCUAGUUGCAGGGCAAACCAUCUUGGCAGAUAUCUUUGAGCCUACAACUCGCGGAACUGCAGUGGGUUGUUUCUUGGGCAGCUGUGUGGCGGCAAACGCAAUUGCGCCGUUGACGGGAGCCGUCAUCGUGACCUUCACCAGUUGGCGAGUCAUCUAUGGGGUCCAGGCUGGCAUGACCUUUCUCGGUCUCAUCAUGGCCUUCUUCUUCGUGCCAAAAGCGAGCCAGCUGGCGCAUCUCAAGAUCGCCGUCGCAGAGAGAACUCCUAUUCGGUCUUUGGGCGACUUGGGCCACGCGUUCAAUCCGAUGGGCGUUCUCCGCCAGUUCAAGUAUCCCAACAUCGUUGCGGCGAAUUUCGCCUGUGGACUCCUGGGAUUCAACCAGUACGGCCUUUUGAGUUCCAUACGACGAGUCAUCAACCCUCGAUUCGGCCUUACUACGCCUCUUAUCAGUGGACUUUUCUAUCUUGCCCCCGGAGCGGGCUUUCUAAUGGGAAGCACGAUCGGCGGCAGAGUCUCAGACCACACCGUUAAGCGAUACAUCCGGAAGCGUAAUGGUCUCCGUUUGCCCCAGGAUAGACUCAAGAGCAGCUUGCCAGCAAUUUUCUUCGUUCUCCCUGCCGGUACUCUGGUUUACGGGUGGAGCGUGCAAAAGGAAGUCGGCGGAAUCGCUUUGCCCAUCGUCAGCUGCUUCUUUGAGGGUCUCGGCCUCAUGUGGUCUUUUAGCGGUCUGAACACAUACUCCGCCGAGGCAAUGCCGGAACGCAGGACAGCUGUCAUCAGUAGUAAAUACAUCGUUCAGUACAGUUUCGGAGCUGGCAGCGUGGGCGGUUUGGUGCCAAUGAUCGACGCCAUUGGGGUCGGCUGGUCUUUCACCAUCACCGCAACCUCUGCACUCCUCGCCGGCGUUUUGGUCCUGGGUAUUUCCAAAUUUGCAUCGAGGGCUCAAAAUUGGGUGGAGAAAAGCAACAGUGACGAUUCAGAAUAG